AUGUCUUCAUCCUACGCAAAUUUGCUUCCAGUGAAUGGAAAAUGGAAGCAACAAAUCACAGAUUACCUCACUGAAGAUGUACCCUCAUUUGAUUAUGGUGCAUUUGUGGUUGGCGACAAACACGAGACGGCGUCUUUGUACAUGAAGCAAGCUGGUAUGAUUUGUGGAGUUCCUUUUGCCAACGAGGUUUUCAAGCAGUGUGAGUUGGAAGUGGAAUGGUAUUACAAGGAGGGAGAUUACAUUGAGGAGGAAGUGUUGCAAAUCAACAAAGGGCGCCUUGUGGUGGCCACUGUUACUGGUCCUGCCAACAAGAUCUUGCUCAGUGAGAGAACUGCAUUGAAUUUGCUUGCCAGAUCUGCUGGUAUUGCAACUCAGUCAUACUUGACCAAGAAGUUAGCUGAUGAGCACGGAUACACUGGACUCAUUGCUGGAACAAGAAAAACUACCCCUGGACUCAGACAAUUGGAAAAGUAUUCCAUGCUCGUUGGUGGAGUUGAUCCUCACAGAUACGAUUUGAGUUCCAUGGUCAUGCUCAAAGACAAUCAUAUCACAUCUACUGGAAGCAUCUCUAAGGCUGUCGCCAGCGCCCGUAGCGUUUGCGGAUUUGCUGUGAAGAUUGAGGUCGAGGUGAGCACCGAAGCUGACGCUAGAGAGGCAAUUGAUGCUGGUGCUGAUGUUAUCAUGUUGGACAACUUCAAGGGCCCAGAGUUGCAAGAGGCAGCUUGCAGUUUGAGAGCACACUACAAGAACUCGAACAAGGCAUUCUUGUUGGAAUGCUCUGGUGGCUUAACCAUCAACAACUUGAGCACCUACUUGUGUAACGAUGUCGACAUUUACUCGACUUCUUCUAUCCACCAGGGAACAGGUAUUGUUGACUUCUCUUUGAAGAUCAAUGCUCAGUAA